GAAACUUUUUCCUUCCUUAUUUUUCAUUGGACCUUGAUCAGAAAACUCUUUUGUACCUACUGAAAGCCGAGAGUGUGAACGCACCACCGAAGCAGGUUUUCAUUGUCGUGGAUUUUUUUGAAGCUGAUCUGGGAUCCGGUUCAGGAUGGAGCUGACGGACUUCUGUCUGACAGACGACUAUCACUUCAUCAGGCCACAGCGCCUCUUGGACUCCUCCUCUUCCUCCUCCUCCUCUUCCUCCUCCGGCCCCGCUGAUGUAGCUCAGUCUACGGCCUCCUUCCUCCACUCCUUCCCCCCCCUCAGUCCCUCCUUCCCCCCCACUCUCAGCCCCUCCCACCGGGCCUUCCUCCUCCCCAGCCCCGCCUCCUCUUCUUCCUCCUCCUCUUCCUCUUCCUCCUCCUAUAGCCCUCUCUGCGGUGCACAGGAGCCCGACUCCCCGACAGAAUGUAGUUCCAGCGGCGGAAGUGUCCGAGGCUGUGACACGGUGCCAGAGGCUUCGGUGCCAUUUUCUGUCUUGCAGGCGGACUCGUAUUCAGCGCAGGUGGACUCCAUCCUGAGGUGCGACUACCUGACACCCAUGGGUGCUGUGGGGCCGAAGAGGCUGUGCCUGGUGUGUGGGGACUUUGCCUCGGGGUAUCACUACGGCGUGGCGUCCUGCGAGGCCUGCAAGGCUUUCUUCAAGAGGACCAUCCAAGGCAACAUCGAGUACAGCUGUCCGCUGAAGAAUGAUUGUGAGAUCACCAAGCGGAGGAGGAAAGCCUGUCAGGCCUGCCGCUUCCAGAAAUGUCUCCAGGCUGGGAUGAUGAGGGAGGGCGUCCGUAUGGACCGAGUGAGAGGAGGACGGAAGAAGUACAAGAGGCGGACGGAGGCGGGACUGAGUUCAUACGGCCACACUGUCGGCAGCAGAAACAAGGUGAUCUCCCAUUUGCUGCUGACAGAGCCCGCCCCUCUGGAGGCCAAUCACGACGAUUCGACGGAUGACGGCAGCCUGCGGACCGUGCUGACCCUCUGCGACCUGCUGAACCGAGAGCUGCUGCUUCUGAUUGGCUGGGCCAAACAGAUCCCAGGAUUCUCUGGCCUCUCAUUGGUGGACCAGAUGUCGCUGCUGCAGAGCGGUUGGAUGGAGGCGCUGCUGGUGGGCGUGGCCUGGCGCUCGCAGAGCUCGGCGGGGGAGGAGCUGGUGUUCGCCGACAACCUGCGUCUGGACGCGGCUCAGUGUCGAGCCGCGGGAUUGGCCGAGCUGUACGAGGCGCUGCGACACCUAGCGGCCAAAUACCAGGCAAUGAAGCUGAGCCCCGAGGAGGUGGUGGCGCUGAAGGCCAUGGCGCUUGCCAACUCUGAUGCCGACCCGGUGGACUGUCCGGACUCGGUGCAGCGGUUCCAGGACUGGCUCCACGAGGCCCUGCAGGAGUACGAGUCGUCCCGCAGAGAGCAGCACCGGACGGGCCGGCUGCUGAUGAGCCUCCCCCUGCUGCGACAGGCGGCCGGCCGAGCUGUGCAGGCCUUCCUGCGUCUGCACCGCCACAGCUCCGUCCCGCUGCACAAACUGCUGCUGGAGAUGCUGGACGCCAAGGCCUGAACACACUGGAGCUUCUAGACCUUUUCAAAUGGACGGGCCAGGCUGGGGCCCCAUGCCAUUUUAAGGGUACCAAUUAUGUUGAGCACAAGUGCUACAUACCACCAACCACGGGCGUAAUUUACAUCGCUACAUUUUGGUUUAAAAAACCAAUAUCUUCUGCUACAUUUCCCCCUCUC